AGAUUCACCCAGGCCCACCUUUCAAGUCUGUUGAGGUCCCUCUGAAUGGCAUCCCUUCCUUCCGUUGUGUCAACUGUGCCACUCAGCUUGAUGUUACCAGCAAACUUGCUGGGGGUGCACUCAAUUCCAUCAUCGAUGUUAUUGAUAAAGAUGUUAAAGAGCACCGGUCCCAAGACAGACCCCCGGGGAACACCGCUUGUUACUCGACUCCACCUGGACAUAGAACCAUUAAUCACCACUGUGAAUCUAAUAACAGUGAAAGAAAGAUGAGCUCAAACUGGACUGCAUGAAAAGUGCAAGAAAUAGUAAAACAAAAAAAACAAAUUGGGUCUCAUAAAUGGCCUUAGAAGGUCUGACAGUUGUUUAACUAAUCCUGACAAAAGCUGAGAGAGGACAUCUUCACUUGAGAGUUACGACUGAAUAAACAUCGCAAAGGAAAAUUAAGUCAGAUGAUAAUUCUGUCAGAAGAUCACAUGAAUGUAAACAUGAAUAAAUUGAAUGUGUACUUAAAAGAAUGUAUUUGAUCUUGUCAUCGAUAGUAUUGUAAUACUCUUUCAGUGCAAACAUUAGUGGUGAAAGAAAACUGAAAAUAUACUGUCAUUAUGAAAGUGAUUAUGUGAUAUCUUUGCCUGUGGAGAUGAACCUGAUGACAUUAGAUGUGUCUGUGUUCCUUAUACAAAGAUGAAUAUUACUGAAACUCGUAAUUUGACCAACAGAAAGCAAAUAGCAGGUCAGAGCGCGCUAUAGAAAAUACAUGUAAAAGAGGGACAUCUACUAUCUGUUAUCAACUCCAGAAAUUUGUGAAAAGAAAUGUAAACAGAAAUUUGUUUACAUUUCCUUAAGAAAAAAAAAAAAAAAGACUUGUUUUACGUAAUGCUAAACAAACCUAGAAAUUCACUUCAAGUUUCACUCAGAUGGGAUAACUGCUUUUACUGAAGCAACUCUGCUUUUGCAGAUUUAGUCUUUUGAGGAACAGAAUUGAAGGUCAUAUCAAAAGGGUGUUCUAGAGAAUUCUGACAUACAAAAGAAAGAUUCAUGAUUACAGAAGCUGGAGUUUAUGGGACCAUAUGUUAACAGAGUAAAUGGUAGUCUUGCUCUGUAUUUUUCCAGUUCCUCAGACUUAAAAUGGAAAGAGUGAAUAUGUGAGAUUGUCUGGCCAUGGGAACGAGAAGAUGCCUGCUUUGAGGGUGCCAAUGCUGGGAUCAAGAUCAAUGGAUCUUUUCUGUUCCAGGAGACAUGGAGGUCUCCUUGUGGGUAGAACUACCUGACUAGAUAAAAGUACGGAUCAGUCUGCUCUGAAAAUACCUCCCAUGAAGAAGGUUGCCUGAUGGUUAAGUUUGCUCUGAGUGUAUCACCUGAUCAGAUAAGCCUUUUCACAAAGUUUAAAAAAGAAAAUCAGUAUUAUCCUAGACUCCACAUUUGGCUUGGACUUUUUUUUUUUGUCCCCUUCUUUGUCAAUUCAGGUGGGCCAUCAUCUAUUGCAAGUACAAUUAGAAUCGUGGACACAGAGUUCUGCAAUCCAAGUUUCUGUAUGCUUUAGAAUAGGGAAGUUGGACUAAAAUUUCCAGAAAGGUCAGUUUAUGCAUCUGUAGCAGUAUGAAUAGCUCUUAGGAUAGAUGUAAAUAAAAUAUAUCUGAAGUUUCUUAAUGCCAUCAAAGUGAAAUAAAGUAUUUUUAACGUAAAAAAAAAAAAAAUUAAAAAAAAAUGGCAAAGCCCAACUUAACUGUAGUAAAAAAAUCACUUCAGUAUAGUGAUUUUCACUAGAAAAACUUUCUACUGAGAGGGAUACUGCACCAUGUUAAGUUAAUGCCUAAGUAGGCAUUGCCUACUUGGCAGGUAGCCAUGAGUCUCUAUCUCCUUUGCACUGAGAGCUCUAGAAAGUCCAUUGAGUUUGGGGGUUUGUAGUAUGCAGAUGAACUUUGUGGAAUCUAAAAGUAUGUAAUAAUUUCUUUCCUUUUCCUCUUCAUUUUAAAUCAAAUUGUAAGAAGGUGAGGGUAAGCUUAGGGACAGCUUGGCUUAAAUGACCGUUGAGAUCUGUAACAUGCUCCUUGAUGUGCUUCCUGUGGACUCUUGAAAAAAAUUCCUGCAGGUUCAUGAAUAGAUUGAAGAAAACAUGGCCAAUCAACGAGAUUACAUUAGCAGACCUAUUUGCAAUGGAAUUUCUGUUCCUGAAAAUAAAAUCAAUUCCCUAGUGGCUGAAGGUCAUGGACAACAAAUUCUGAAAGUACUACAAAAGUUCAGAGAACAAAAUAUAUUUUUUGACUUUAAAAUUAUUGUGAAAGAUGAAGUCAUUCCUUGUCAUCGUUGUGUACUGGCAGCUUGCAGUGAUUUUUUCAGAGCCAUGUUUGAAGUUAAUAUGAAAGAACGAGAUGAUGGCAAUGUUACUAUUAGUAAUCUAUCACCCAAGGCAGUGAAAGCUUUUCUUGAUUACGCUUACACAGGAAAAACAGAGAUAACAAAUGAUAACGUGGAAAUGCUCUUUCAGCUAUCAUCAUUUCUUCAAGUUUCACUCCUUUCCAAAGCUUGCAGUGACUUUCUAAUAAAAAGUAUCGAUCUUGUCAAUUGCUUACAGUUGCUUUCUCUGUCGGAAAGUUAUGGUUCUGUCCGCUUAUUUGAUCAUGCACUAGAUUUUGUACAGCACCACUUCUCCCUUCUAUUAAGAUCAAGUGAGUUUUUGGAGAUGAAUUUUGAGAUAUUACAAAAAUGUCUUGAAGCUGAUGAACUAAAUGUCCCCGAGGAAGAAUCAGUGUUGAAUGCUGUUCUUCAGUGGACCAAACAUAACAUUGAAACACGACAGAAAUAUCUGCCUAAUUUGAUCAAAAAAGUGAGGCUACACCAGUUACCUGAAAAGACUUUGCAAGACUUUCUGCUUUCAGAAGAAUAUUUACUUAAAAGUGCUAAUUGUUCAGUAAUAAUCAAUGAUGCAGUCAAAAGUGUGCAGGACUUCAGCGGACUAUUUCCAGAUGCACGUCCUUCAACAACAGAAAAAUACAUAUUUGUUCAUAAAACUGAUGAAGACGGAGAAAACAGGUAUACAUUUUGCUACAACAUCAAAACAGAUAAAUGGAAAGAACUGCCACAUACACACAUGGUUGAUCUUCCAGGGUCAAGCUUAUCUAGCUACGGAGAGAAAAUAUUUAUAACUGGAGGAUGCAAAGGGAAUUGUUACAGGACGGUCAGGCUUCAUAUUGCCGAACCUUUUCAUGAUGCCACUGACCAAACCUGGUGCUACUGUCCAGUCCGCAAUGAAUUCUCCAUAGUGUCAGCUAUGAGAAAACCAAGGACAAUGCACACCUCUGUUGUCACCUUAAACCAGUUGUUUGUAAUAGGUGGAAAGACCAGAGGAGCUCAAGAAACCCGAAGUCUUUUGGAUGUAGAAUCAUAUAAUCCUCUCUCCAAAGACUGGAAAUCUGUAAGCCAAUUACCCAGAGGAAUCUACUAUCCAGAAGCAAGUGCAUGUCAGAAUAUAAUUUACGUCCUUGGCUCAGAAGUAGAGAUUACUGAUGCUUUUAAUCCGUCUCUUGACUGCUUCUUUAAGUAUAACGCUAUGACUGAUCAGUGGUCGGAGCUUGUAGCAGAAUUUGGGCAGUUUUUCCAUGCAACUCUAAUCAAAGCUGUUCCAGUGAACUGCACACUGUACAUCUGUGAUCUGUCCACCUACAAAGUCUACAGCUUUUGCCCAGAAACCUGUGUUUGGAAAGGGGAAGGAUCUUUUGAAUGUGCUGGCUUUAACGCGGGGGCAGUUGGGACAGAAGACAAAAUUUAUAUAUUAGGCGGUGAUUAUGCUCCAGAAGAAAUCACGGAUGAAGUUCAAGUCUACCACAGUAACAGGUCUGAGUGGGAAGAAGUUUCCCCGAUGCCAAGAGCCUUAACUGAAUUUUACUGUCAGGUCAUUCAGUUUAAUAAAUACAGGGACCCCUGGUCAUCUGUAAUGACAAUUUGCUCUGGAGAAUUUUGAAAUUCCUGAGUCAAAAUAAUCUGUUUAAAUGCACAAGUUUUAGAACAGAUUUUUCAGUAUUAGUUUGCAGAAAAAUAUGUAUUAUUUUUGUUUUAAAUCUUCAGUUUAAAUUGUCUGCUAUAGAAAUGUUUCUGAAAGGGUCUAUAAAAUUCCCAUUCAUCCUAGUCAUUAUAUAUUAAGAAAUACUUAGUUUUAUAUACAAGUCUUCUCUGUAAUUAUCUGAAUAAUUUGAAAAUAGUGCUUUUCAGAAAAAAAAAAAAGUUAUGAGGAAUUUAUUUUGUAAUAUGUGCCAUUAUUUCUGUAAUAAUCACAGUUGCCCCAGGUGAUAUGAUAAAUUGCUGAGUGAGGAAACUGAUAGUGAUACUGUUUUCCCUACGUAACUGAAGUUUAAAGAAAUCUACAUUCAUGUUGUUUCCUUUUUAUUUAUUUAUUUAUUUAUUUAUUUAUUUAGGUAUUCACAAACCUGUUAGAGAACUUCAUUGUCAAUUUUAUCUUAUUAGAAUGACCUGAGCAAGGGGAAGAGCCAAAGUGACCUUCACAGCUUUAAAACCAGGUGUCUAACUUGAAGAGACUGAAAAUUCCCAUCAUCUUACAUCAGCUCUUCAGUUGGACCCGUUCUUUUCCAUCCUUGUGCCUUAGUAGUAGCUGUACUUUCUGUUUUCAUCCCGUCGCUGUGGCAAGACAAACUUUGAUAACAUUUUGUAGGGUGAGCGAGAUUUCUACAGUGUGGGUGAUUCACAUGGGAAGUUGUGGCUGCACAGAUGGUCACCUCAAUCACUGCAAGAAAAAAGACUUCAGGAUGUUUUCUAACAGAAGUCUAUCAUCUCUGAACUCUGCAGCAGUUUCUGCUAAGCAGCCAAUAGGCUCCUUACAGCAGAAAGUUGCAAGAUUAAGUUUUAGUUGUUGCUUCAGUUAACUACUGGAAAAGUUUGUAUCUUGUAAUGCAUAGAAUAAAAAGGUAGAAAAAAAACCAAACCCAUACUUAAAGUAAGUAGUGUUUCUGAAGGAAAAUAAAUCAUUUUUUAAAACUCCUAUAGUAUUUUAAAUGAAUUAAGACGCUUUCAUCUUCAUGGCAAUUUUAAGUGAUAAGUUAUUACAAGGUAAACACUAUGCAAUAUAUUGCUUGAGAAACUAUAGUAAUCUAUUAUGUUAAAAUUGUAAUGGAUUUUCAGUAUUAAUACUACUGUGAAGUAAAUUUGAUCUAAUGCAUACAAAGUGUCUGCCCAACAGGACACUGGAAUUAUCUAGGCUUCAUAAACUCACUUGUAAUCUUCCACAGCCUGAGAAAUUUCUUUCUUUCCAGAUAUUUAAAUAAGAUUUCAGUAGCCCUUAUGUAUUAAUUAGGCCAUAAAGUUGUGUUAUGCCAGACAGAAUGGUUCUAAACAUCUAAGCAUGUCUUUUCCAAGCAGCUUAAAAAUGAACAAAAUUUAAUGCAUCUUUUACAUGGCUUCAGACAACCACUGUAAUUUUGCUUUCACAUCUCUGCUGCAUGUACUUUUGGCAAAAGUAAAGCUCAAUAUUAAUGUUUAAAGCUUUAUAUUGCCUAGCAACAUAUUUCUCUUUCAAACAGUAAACAGUGGAAAUCUCCAGUUCUGUCAUUUGUAUAAUUUAUCAGAUAUCUUUCAAAAGAUAGAUAAUAUUAUAAAUAUUUUCAUAAGGAUGUAAAUGAAAAGUAUGCACAUUUGGAUAGCCUAUUAACAGUGGAACUUUCCCCCUCAGUAAUUUGUAUUAAGAUAUGUGUCAGUUCUGUAGAAGUAAAUAGUUUGUUGUAGUAGUAUUUCAGGUAACUUCCCCAUUUAUUUUGAUCUUUUCAUAGUGAAUCUCCAAAUCAUAUUAUAAGUAGAGCUAGACUGGUAACCUUUACAAUCAUUUUAUAUCAGAACAUGCCUACUUUUUGUUAGUAAAAAUGAUACGUAUUGUAUAGUUAGGAGAGAUGGAGAAUACCAUUCCUGCUUAUUAAAUUAUCAAGGGAAAAAAUAAAUAGGAAUAUAGGAGAAUAGGAGUUUUAGCAUUAGUAGGCUAGUCAAGGUAGCAUAAACUUCAUUUAAUUAUCACAACUUGUCACUUUCCAUCAGAAGUACAAGGCUGCACAGAACUGCCAGGCCAUGGCCUGAACCAGUGGUUGAGCACCAGGUGAGAAGGCAUGGCUAACCCAGGGAGCUCGGGUACAAGCAGUGCACCUGAGUGGCUGAAAGGGUGGAGCCUGGACUCAUCCCUCCUCAUCCUCAUCCCUGCCAAGGGAGCAGAAGCUCCUGGGUAGAAAUUGUACUCUUCUUGAGCUAUCACUGGUUAUUAGAAGGAGUGAGCAAUUUGUCUUUGUUAUCUUCUGUUGCUCCAUAGUGCUUGUAUCCAAGUAGGAGAUGCUGUCAUUGCCUUCUUUUGCUGCACAGGGGCCCAAUUCUUGUUUGCUUGUGGUUUUAUGCUAUUUUUAUACCCAAGUAAUGACCAUGUAAUUUAUGCAAUGACAACAGUGACACAUUAUGCCCAUCUUAUAUGGGUAUAAACAGCUAUGCAAGUUAGAAGAGACUAGAGAACUGCAAGUUACUUUCUGUUGCUUCUGUCCUGACCAAAUUGCUGGGCUGCAUAAACAGAAGAGUCAGUCACAAGUUCAGGGGAUGCUCUUUCUUUCAAGUAUUUUCUUACAGUAUGUUUUAUUUGGUAUACUUGCUGUAUGCUUAUACCUCUGCCAUAUGACACCAAACAGAGCAUAUGUGGUAAAUUAUUUGUUAUUCAUAUAUAUAUAUAUAUAUAUAGGAAAAAAAAAAACCAAAAACCUAAACAUAACUUUAUUGGGAAAAAAGACAUGCUUCUUUGAUAUUCUAUGCUGCAUUUGCACAGGAACUAGUGUCAGUUCCCAGUCCAACAAAUCAUUCAUGGAUUUCGGAUGGUGUUUUGCUCUCUUAAUUGGUGAUGAGGAAAUUAAUUAGUAGCAUCAGUUCCUUUUUACUAUUUAUUACAAAAAGUUACUGUGAAAUAGAAUUAAUUUUCUUCUGUUACGUAGGUAAACCCAUGGAGGAGAAAAAAGAAAAACUUAUUUGUUGUAAUUUCAGCGUGAUAGGAGAAGGGGAAAUGGUUUCAAACUGAAAGAAGGGAGAUACAGACUAGAUGUAAGAGAAACAUUUUUUUUACAUUAAAUGGUAGUGAAGCACUGGCACAGGGUGCCCAGAGAGGUGGUGGUGCCCCAUCCCUGGAGACACUCCAGGUCAGGCUGGAUGGGGCUCUGAGCACCUGAUGGAGCUGUAGGUGUCCCUGUUCAUGGCAGGGAGUUGGGCUAGAUAUCCUUUAAAGGUCUCUUCCAACUCAACUGAUUCUGAUUCACAUGGAGGGCUGAAUCUGAUAGUGGAAUUGAAUGCAGAAGAAGCUAUGUUACAAAGUCAUGGUUAAAAACAAGGCUUUAAGAUAAAAUUAAUGACUUAUUUAUCACAGGAUUUGUAAUAUAUCUAGUGAUGGGUGAAAUCUCAGUGAAGUCAACUGCACUACUCAAAACAAUAUGGGUUUCUUGCAUGAGUUACUUCUGUAGGUCUGGAUCAGAUAUAUAUUUUAGCUGACUACACAGCAAUUACAGAAUUUUAAAAGAUCCCAAAAUUACUGCAGGGUGAUUUUUUUUUUCUACAACUUUUCUGACUUUUCAAAGCUCACAGAACUUAAUAAAAAAGUAUGUUCCUCUGAAAAUAAUGCAUUACUAGAUAACGAUUACCUAGGUUCUCACUGAAAUAUAUGAAAAUGUUUAAAACAUACAAAUUGCAUGUAAAGGUAUAUGCUACUAUUUGCACCUAAAUGAUGUAACCAAAACAUUUCUAAUAGUUGUUUACUGUAUGUCACAGAACACAUUAUAAGCAUGAUCAGUACAAUAUACAUUAAGAUAAUAUACACGUGGGAUUUUAAUACCCAGUAAGGAUUAUAUUGGAUAGUUUGAUAAGAAUGCACUGAAAACAUUAUGGCACUUUGGUAAUGUUAUCAUACUGGUUUAGUUACAAUAAAUAUCAAUUAUUCAGGUGUUUAUAUUGAUUAUGUUUGCACAGACCUGAUAAUUAUUAUUUCUGUAUUAAUGAAUUUAUUUACUAUAUUUAAAAUAUGUUAGUAGUAAGUCAGCUUACUGCUGUUAAAAAUUCAUUAUAUUUAAAAAAUGGAGUAAGAUUUAUUGGUCAGAUUUGUUCCCAGUGUUACUCCAUUAAGAAAUCUGUAUACCUCUUCUGAUUAGUGAUAAGUAUUAGGUAAGGUGUAGGAUAUAGGAUGUGCUGAUAGCAUUUGGAAAUGUGGAGUCUAACUUUAGAUGUUUCUGCUUGUGGUUGACCAACAGGAGGCAGCGUAAGAUCUAUUUUAAUUAAGACAGAAUUAAACCAGGGAUAUUUUGACAAUAUUUGUAUGUGAAAAUUAUGCUCGGUUUACUUUUUCCCUUCUAACAUCUGAUAAAGCAUAGAGAUCAUUAAAAUCCUGCUGCUGCCUGGGCUCUGCUGAUAUGUGGAAGUAUGACACUACUGUACGUUUGCUGAGAUGUUCAUUCUUCUGUGAAAUAAAGCACCAAGCAACUGAA